AUGGAAAGACACCACGAGUGUUCUCGCUUGUGGAGGCUUGAUACAGCGGAGGAGAAAGAGGCUGCGAGAGCCAAAAUUUGGGAGCUGGCAUUCACCAACUGGGACACCAAUACGCCAGUUCCUCAACCCGCUCGUGCUGUUGCUAGGAAGACCAAGGAUAGCAUAGUCAAGAUUGGAGUCUUGACAGAAGACGCCAAGCCCUCCAAGAAGAUUCAUGGGGACAGUACCAGUAUCGCCGUGUCUGACCCACGCCCUCGUCGUCCGCACUCUCGUGGUGACGACUCUCUGAAAUUCAAAGCUUGCGACGCAAGAGGUUCAUACUUUCCCUUCGGCACCAGAUAUGAGCAGACGCUUGGCUAUCCGAUAUUCACUACUAAGGAAGAUUGCAUUGCUAGCUGGGACCGUGACGAACUCCGCCGGUUGGGUCGGGCCAAUACUCAACUCAUGAUCUACUGGACAAGGAAUGCGCUGCUCCUCUCACUCAAGAACGGGUUGGAGAGCUGUGAGAACGCAAAACAAACAACAUUGACGAUCGACGAGACGCCACCCGACCUCGAGAAGUUGAUCCACGUAAAACUUGUAAGCGAUGUUUGGGCGAAAACCAUCGACGCUUGGCUUCUAUCGCCGCUGUCUAGAACACUAUGA